AUGGGCCGCCGCCACUGGCAGGGCCCCGGGGGGCCCUCCUCGUUUUCUCCGUUUAACGGAAGCUGGAGAUUCUCUGCGCCGCUGCGAGGUUCCAGCACUGUCAAGAAGAACCUUACAUACGAAUACGCUCCUAACAGCUUAUUGGGCUCCUGCCCCCUCAUUGGUCUGCUGGUCCAUGUAAAUGUCCUCUUCGCCCAACCCGAGCUGAUAGAAAAUGUCAGGACCUUCUAUGCGUUCCUCCUUAUGAAAGAUGCUGGGUGCUGUACCUUUAAUGAAGAAGUUGUGUACCGGGUGAAAAAAACAAAAAAGAAAAAGGAAAAAGAGGAAAAACCUGCACCCCCACCCCGUCCAAAGCCCACUUUCCAGACAAAGAAGCCUCCUGCUAACAGUGAACUCGCAGCCAGAAAGAUCCAGGCCUGGUGGCGAGGCACGCUGGUGCGCCGGACGCUACUGCACGCGGCCCUCCGAGCUUGCAUCAUUCAGUUCUGGUGGAGGAAGACUCUGGCCAGGCUGCUGGAGAAGAAACGGAGGCAGAUGCUGGAGUCGUUUGUGCGGCAAGAACGGGCAGCUGUGACUCUGCAGUCCUGGAUCCGAAUGUGGUUCAUCCGCCUGCAAUACUGUCGUUUGCUCAACGCUGUCCGCAUCAUCCAGGCUUUUUGGCGGUGGCAUAGUUGCCAUGCUCGUGGCGCUUUGGGGGGAAGCUAUGAGCUCACAGCAAGCCAACUAAAACUCCAGCUUGAUAUCUAUGGGCCACAGAUUUGUCGGAUUAUGGACUGCAUCCCCUUUCCAAUAAAACACUAA